AUGACUAAGCCUUCCGAACUGGCCCGCUGCCUUGUAAACAUUUGCGAUAUCAGUGAUCUUGGAGGAAAGGAAUCCAACAUACUCACUCAGGAUGAAAAAAUUUCCGAAAAAUGGAUUGCCAUCGGAAGUGGGCUCACUCCAAUUGAUUGCUACAUUGAACUGUUCCUAAUGCAAAUGUUACUCAACGAAAAAAGUAAAUGCACCAUCACCACGGCGAGUGGCCAGCAAAUCAGUUGUGUUCUUAAAUUAUUAAGAAUUGAAAAUUCCGAUCUUUUUUUCACUAAAUCCCCUGGAGAAAUGCUAGCCCUGGCAAAAAACUACAAAGAUAACGGCGUAAAAAUGUUCCCCAAAUAUCCAUUGUACGCACAUAGAUACUUUAACCGUGCCGCUAAAUGUCUGCUCUGCUGUGCUCCGCUGGAAGAUCUGGACCCCGCACAGGAAGGAGUAGACACUAUCAGUGAAAUGCAAACAUUGCUGGAGGUCCUGUACCUCAACAUUUCCGCUUGCCUUCUUAAGCAAAACCGCUACGAAGAAGUGCUCCAUAUUCUAGAGUAUGUUGACCGUCAGGAAAAACCCUCGGAGAAAGCAGUCUACCGGAAAGCACUUGCACAGUUUCACGUGAAGCAGUUUCCGGAAGCAAUCAAAACCUUGGAAAAAAUUGAUUACAUCUCUAGCAAGGAUUGUGUGGUGUUGCACCAACAGAUCAAGAGUAGCUGGCAACAGGAGGAUAACAAAUACAACUGUAUGGUUAAGAAAAUGUUCGGUUAA